AUGUCCGGACACGACUUAUCUACCCUGCCUGACUUUCCAGCAGAGAUUCGCGCACCAGCGGGGACGCGUUACGGUGUUUCCGCCUUCCAGAUCCAGUUCGGCGGCGAUCGCAUCACAACACCGGGUGAUGCGCCAGAUGUACUGAUAGCGUUUAACCCAGCAGCCCUGGUGGUAAAUCUGGGUAACCUGAAAGCGGACUCUCUGAUUCUGGUUGAUGCCAACGCCUUUACCACCCAACGCCUGAAACGCGCGGAUCUGCAAUCUAAUCCCCUUGAAGAUGGCACCCUGGACAAAUACCAGGUUGUGCCGAUCGACAUCAGCAAUCUGACCGUAGAAGCGGUAAAACCCCUUGGCCUGGGUACCAAAGACGCCGGUCGCUGUAAGAACUUCUGGGCACUGGGCCUGAUUCUGUGGAUGUUUGAUCAACCCCGCGAGCCGACAAGAAACUGGAUCAACCAGAAAUUUGCCAGCAACGAGCAAAUUCGGGACGCUAAUCUGGUUGCUUUGGAUGCUGGCCAUGCAUACGGCGAAAACACUGAGGUCGCCCAGAUUCUGCACCAGCAGCAUACCCCCCAGGCGCCACUGGACAGUGUUGAGUACCGCACCAUCACCGGCGCGGAAAACCUCGCCCUGGGCCUUGUCGCUGCCGGUGAAUUAGCAGAUACAGAACUUAUGUUCUGCUCGUACCCGAUCACGCCAGCUUCCAGCUUGCUGCACCACCUGGUGGGACUGGAAGAGGCAGGUGUUGCCACAUUUCAGGCGGAAGAUGAAAUAGCCGCAGUCUGCGCCGCCAUCGGCGCCUCUUAUGCAGGCAAGCUUGGCAUCACUUCAUCCAGCGGACCCGGCGUUGCCUUGAAAAUGGAAGCGCUGGGGUUAGCGGUUGCCACCGAGCUGCCCCUGGUGCUGGUCAACAGUCAGCGCGCCGGCCCUUCCACUGGCAUGCCCACCAAAACCGAGCAAAGCGACCUUUACCAGGCCGUCUACGGACGCAACGGUGACACGCCUCUGCCCGUUGUUGCCGCUCGAUCGCCAGCAGACUGUUUUGAUGCUGCCAUCGAAGCGGUGCGCAUUGCGCUACGCCACAUGACACCGGUGAUUUUGCUGACCGACGGUUACAUCGCCAAUGCAUCAGAACUGUGGCCAAUUCCUGAUUUUGCGCAAUAUCCGGCAAUUGAUACCCACAAACCCACUGCAGCGACCCAACAAGCGGUUUUCGAAAGGCAACCCGAUACCCAUGCACGCCUCUGGGCGGCCCCCGGCGAUGCCCGGUUCGUUCACCGGGUGGGUGGCAUCGAAAAAGACGUGGAUACCGGCAACAUCUCCUACGAUGCAGCUAAUCAUCAGGCGAUGACCGAUGUGCGUUCGCAGAAAGUUGCCAGUGUUGCUGAUUUUAUCGAGCCGCAGACCAUCGACCAGGGUGUGUCAGGUGGUGUGGCGGUAGUGGCGUGGGGAUCAACCUACGGCACCCUCUACAAAGCAGUGAAAGACGCACUGGCAGCAGGCGAACAGGUCGCCCACAUCCAUCUGCGGCACAUCAACCCUCUGCCAUCCAAUCUGGGUGAGCUGCUGGCCGGUUUUGAGACCAUUAUUGUGCCGGAGCUGAACACAGGCCAACUGGCCACGCUGCUGCGCGAUAAGCUCAAUGUUCGGGUGGAACAAUUCAACAAAGUCACCGGCCAGCCGCUUAAUGUGGACGAAGUCAGAGCGUUCAUUUCGAAGUUUGCCCCCAGCACCCCAAAAACGAAGUACGCUGGUGCCCCGGGCAUCGGCUGCUCAUCGCGACUGCCUUACUACGUAAACACCUACGGCUUCCAUACCAUUCACGGCCGCGCACCGGCAUUUGCAACUGGUGUAAAACUGGCAAACCCUGAACUGGAAGUAUGGGUGGUCACCGGCGAUGGCGACGGUCUGUCCAUUGGUGGCAACCACCUGCUGCAUACCCUGCGUCGCAAUAUCGACCUGAAUAUCCUGUUGUUCAACAAUGAAAUUUAUGGCCUGACCAAAGGGCAGUACUCACCCACUUCAAGACCUGGCACGCACAGCCCGACCAGCCCGGCUGGUUCUGUUGAAGCGCCGCUGGCACCUGGUCAGUUUGCCAUCGGUGCAGGCGCAACCUUCUUUGCCCGCUGUGUCGACAUCGACCAGAAAACCAUGCCGGGGCUGUUCAACGAGGCAAAGCACCAUAAAGGCAGCAGCUUUGUUGAAAUUCUGCAGAACUGCAUCGUUUACAACAAAGACGUGUUCGACGAUGUUGUCGCCAAAAAGACCGCCGCAGAAACACAAAUUCAUGUCCGUCACGGCGAGCCGUUGCUGUAUGGCGCCAAUAAUGAGAAAGGUCUAAGACUCAAUCCGAAGACCCUGAGCCUGGAGUGUGUCACUCUGGGCGAAGAUGGCGUCACGCUGGAGGACAUACAGGUGCAUGACGAGACCAACCCCACGCUUGCCCUGCUGCUGGCCAAUCUGCAUCUGCCAACCGCCAUGGGUGUCAUUCUGCGCACCGAAAGAGCCGCAUUUGACGAAAGCUACUGGUCAAUACGCACCCAUGAACGACGCCAGAAGGUUGAACAGUUGUUACGCACCGGGAACAUGCUGGAUCACAGUCGAAGACGGUUACUGGCACCUUUGGAGCAUGUUUCCUUGGCUGGAAAACACGACAUCAUCGCCGGCAGCCUGAUUCAGGAUAUUCUGUCCGGUCACUACCGGGUUGCAGAACGCCUGCCCUCUGAACGAGACCUGGCGGCACGUUUCGAUGCUAAUCGCGGCGCUGUGCGCGAGGCGAUGAAAAAACUGGAACAGAUUGGCCUGGCCGAAGUUCAACCCGGCGGCGCCCGGGUGAAAAAAACUGAGGACGCCAGUCUCGACGUCAUCGGUCACCUGCUUGCACAAGGCGAUCUGCCGGACCCCAGGCUGGUCGAUCAGAUUCUCAUGGUCAUCAACUCCAUGGUCAGCAUGGCCGCUCAGCAAACCCUGGAGCUGGCCAGCGAUGACGAAAUUACCGCUAUACGAGAACUGGUUAAACCACUGAUCCACGACGAGCUGGGCAAAGAAGCCCACACACUGGCACGAUUCGAGUUAAUGGAGUCAUUCAUGUCUGCCAGCUGCAAUCUGCCGUUACGGCUGAUUGCACGCACACUGUUCGAACAGGUCGCGCCGAAUCUGACAGCCAUCCACCCUUUUGCUGUUAUCGACAACAGUCGCUACCGGGAUUUUGCCGUUCAGCUCGAUGCCGCGCUGGCCAAACGCGACCAGGAAGGGGUUCGUAAAUCCUUCACCGCUUUUUCAAAUUUGAAUCAGGAAACCAUGAUGCGCGCGUUUGACAGCGCUCGCGCCGCUGUUGGCCAGGAGGCCGUCACACCAUGA